GCAGCCCGAGCGGCCGGCCGCUGCGGAGCUCCCGAGGUCUGCCCUCCCCACAGGAAGAUCUGUCAGCAUUGCAAGUGCCGCCGAGAGGAGCACCCGGGCAGCGGGCUCCCCGCCGACCUGCAGCAGCUCGUGAGCCGCCUCCUCGCCGACUUCCAGCGGCCUCCCAGCUCCCAGGAGCCUUCUGGCUGGGCCUCGGACGAGUAUGCCUGGGCACCCCCAGGCCUCAAGCCCGAGCAGGUGGACCAGUUUUUCAGCUGUCUGCCAGAGGACAAAGUUCCUUACGUGAACAGCCUUGGGGAAAGGUACCGGGUUCAACAACUGCUCCGCCAGCUGCCCCCACAUGACAGUGAGGCCCAGUAUUGUGCAGCACUGGAGGGAGAGGAGGAGAAGGAAUUGAGGCGGUUCAGCCAAAAGCGGAGACGAGAAAACCUGGGUCGCGGGGCUGUUCGAGCAUUCCCGGUGUCUAUUACUGGGGCCAUCUGUGAGCAGUGUGGGAAGCAGAUCCGAGGGGGGGAUCUGGUGGUCUUUGCCAGCCGGGCAGGCCACGGGACCUGUUGGCACCCCCAGUGCUUCCUCUGUGCUACCUGUGGUGAACUGCUGGUUGACCUCAUUUACUUCUACCAGGCCGGGAAAAUCUACUGUGGGCGCCACCACGCCGAGUGCCUUCGGCCCCGAUGCCAAGCCUGUGAUGAAAUCAUCUUUGCAGCAGAAUGCACCGAGGCCGAGGGGCGUCACUGGCACAUUCGCCACUUCUGCUGCUUUGACUGUGAGGGGCCUCUGGGGGGGCAGCGUUACGUGAUGAGGGGCAGCCGACCCCACUGUGGGGCCUGCUAUGAGGCCAGGCACGCCCAGUAUUGUGACAGCUGUGGAGAGCGAAUCGGAAUGGAACAGGGCCAGAUGACCUAUGGUGGGCAACACUGGCACGCAUCUGAGAGCUGUUUCAGCUGUUGCCGCUGUGGGCGACCCCUGCUAGGUGAGCCCUUCCUGCCCAAGCAGGGGCAGAUCUUCUGCUCCCGGGUCUGCAGCCUACCUGCUCCAGCAGAGGCGGCAGCGGUGAUGAUGGCCACUUACCCCAUGGCUCCCACUGCAACAGUUCUCCAGGCCAGAUCACGCUCUGGCUCCCCGGUGGGCAGAGAGUGCAGCCGCUUCUGCCGUGGGGCCCCACAGCGACACUCCAUGCCUGCCCUGGGCCUCCGCCGAGGGAGCCCUUCACCAAACCCUCAAGCCACAUCUGCCCCCAACCCACCAGCCUCCUCAGGGGGUCCCGAGUUCUGCCGGCGAGGGGAGCUCCGUGUUAGCUUCCAGGAACCCCUGGUGGCCCAAGCCCCCCAGGAGAGGGAGCAGCCCCAGAGCCCUCCCCCCAGGCCUCAGAGGCCACCUUCCCAUGGCCACAGUCUCCACCUGGAGUGGGACUCGGCCUGGGUGUCCUCUUCUUCCUCCUCCUCCUCCUCCAACUCAGAGGAGGAUGGCUACUUCCUCGGGGAGCCCAUUCCUUUGCCCCGAGCCCUUCAAAGAGCUACUCGGGAUCCCCCAGGGAAGGAAGGGAGGUGGGGGGCUUCUCCUAGGCCAGCUCAGAGCCAGGGUCGACCCCAGGACAGGGACAGGAACUGCACUGUGGCCUGAGACUCUGGUCCAGCCUCAUUCCUCUCCCAACUGGAAAUCGGGGUUCGGAGCGGCUGGUGGCUCAGGUUCUCCACAUCCCUCUUCUACUGCCCAGCAUCUCCCACGGGUACCUGGAGAGCCUACUGGGCCAGCCUACACUUGCCAGAAUUCUGGCUCUGCCCAUUAAAAUGAUGACUCGAAUGCG